GGUAGCGCCACACCCACGGCACUUCACCGCGAGGACGGAAAGACUCGCCUAUUAUCGAGACAUCCAGCAAAAAAACAGACAAAAGAGGAGCGUGUGGAUAAAUAACCGUCAAAAAGUCACAACCCUGUAUUCGAUGUGCACCCAUAUCGUGUGGCGUAGGGGCCCGAGAAAUGGCCAGAGAUGAUCAUGGAACCGCUACAGGAAGGAACGUGGAACUCUAUGGCACGAGCUGAACGAAAAUCCGUCGAUUCGUGAAUGAUAUCGAUAAUAUCGGCGCUCUGAAGACGAAUGUGGCUGAAUUAUCAAGGGAUAGAGCUAGAUGCUAAAAUGGGACUUUAAUUGAGCUUUAACCGCCUUGAUCGAGAUGGAUUUCAAUGCAGAUUGCAUAUAUAUUCCGCCAAGUGCUUACCGUAUCGAACUAAUGCGAUUCAGAGAAUGCGAUGAGUUCACCAUAGGCCGAUUUCAUUAAUGCAUUUCGAUAUCAUUUCAUUAAGCCAUGGGUAAACACAUAUUUCAAAACAACAUCGCACUGACGGUAUUCUACAGUUUUCUUGUGUGUAUAAACCUGGCGACCUUCUCAUUGACACUGUAUUAUCGGGCGGCCGAGAGCGACGACUGGCUGGUGUCGGUGACAUCGGCACUCGGUAAGAUCCUGCUGCUGGACACUGCCGUGCUGCCCAUCACGGUGUGUCGCCGGAUCCUGGCCUGGGUGCAGGAGACGCCGCUCUUUAUGGUCUCACCGUCCAACAGCCACAAGAGCAUCCACCGCACGCUGAGCCUGACCGUCUGCAUCCUGGCCGUGGUGCACUCGGCCGCCGCCAUGUGGUCCUACUUUGUGGACACUGAGAACCUGGCAGAGCUGUACGAGCGGCCGGACCAGCUGCAGUUGAACGUCUCCGGCUUCGCCUGCCUGGUCGUCGUGCUCAUCAUCGUCAUCACCUCCCUGCUGAGGCACCACAUGUCCUUCCUGGCGUUCUUCCUGACGCACCAGCUGUACGUGGUGCUGUACGGCCUGAUGAUGGUGCACGCCGGACGCUUCUGGAAGUACCUGGUGCUGCCCGUCUGUCUUUGGUCGGCCGAACUACUGCUGCGGAUCGUCUACAGCCCGCGCCGCUCCGCCAUCGCAGAGGUCACCCUGCUGCCCUCCAAUGUGCUGGUUCUGGUCCUCGAGCGGCCUCCAAAGAUGCUGUUCAAGCCGGGAGACUACGUGUUCGUUCAGAUACCCAAGAUCGGGAGGUUCGAGUGGGUGAAGUUUACGAUAACCAGCGCCCCGGAGCAGCAGGAUCUGAUCACCGUGCACGUGCACAUCACCAACAACUGGUCGUUCCGGCUGCGCAACUACUUCCUGCAGGACGUGUCGUUCCACUACAUCCCGCACCGGCUGCACGCGCUCGAGUCCAUCACCGUCAUCCAGAAGGUGGUCAAGUCGUGGCGCAACAUGUUCGGGGGCUUCCAGAACAUCGAGGUGCCGAUGGGCAAGCCGCGAGAGACCAGAAAGGAGCGGCUUCAGAGGAAUAAGGUGGACGCCAUGAAGGUGGAGGAGAAACACCUGACGCUGGACGUGGUGCUCUCGGAGGAUGACGUCACCGAGCCGGAGCCGUCGGCCGCCGUGCUGCUGGAGAAGCCCUCCUCCUCUACGCCGGCCGCCAGCCAGGCGCCGGCCGCCGCGCCGCCGGACCCGGCCGCCAGCCGACGCUCGCUACCCGGCCCGGCGGGCGCCAGUCCGACCAGCUCCUACACCGAGUACCGGCAGGCGGGCCGGCGCGUCGAACAGGAGGCGUCCCAGUUCACCGGCUUUGCCGAGGGCUACUCGGUGUUCACACGCGAGUACGGCAAGACGCUGCGGUUCAGCACGGCCGCGCCGCCGGCCGGCCGCCAGCAGUUCCGUAAGGUGAAGCACCACUCGCUGAUACCGUCCCUGGACCAGAAGGACGGCAGCGGCGCCGGCGGGUCGCAGCAGCCGGCGCCGCCGCUGCUGCCGCCGCUGCCGGCCGGCGCCGCGCCGCCCGCCGACAGUCGGCAGCGUCUGCCCAACAUCGGCAGCAUGCAGGCCACCGCCGCGCCCGCCGCCGGCGAGGGCACCUCCAUCGUCAGCUCCAUGAAGCGGCGCCGACAGGCGGUCGAUGACGACGGUGACGACACCAUCGAGUACGCCGAUACCAUUCGGGUAUUCAUUGACGGGCCGUACAGUUACGGCGGGGAGAAGGUGGGCAUCUUCUCGGCCCGGCACGCUAUCAUCAUCCUGGUCGGACCGGACGUGUUUCCUUUCGCGGCCGUGCUGCAGAGCAUACUCAUCAGGUAUCGUUCCGAAAUCGUGCCGUGUCCAAACUGCGCCUGCGAGUUCAAGAUGCAGCUGCCCAGCUCAUUCAUGAACAUUCGGAAGGUGGACUUUGUGUGGGUGAACUCGGACAUGGAGGGUUACGAAUGGUUUCUCGAGCUGCUCGAAGAUAUGGACCACUACCAGAGGCACAGGAACCUGCUCGAGAACUUCCUCGAGUUCUACCUCUUCAAGACGGGCAUCAAGCCCAUGCCGUCGUUUACGCCGCUCAGAAGGCAGCUGCGACAGGGCCGGCCGAGAUGGAACGAGGUACUGGACGAGAUAGUCGGCAAGAGUAGCGGCGGUGUCGAGGUGUUCUUCUCCGGUCCGCGCACAGUCCGCAAGGUGGUGCAAAAGGCCUGCACUCAGGCCGGUCUGGUGUUCAACUGCACCAACUUCUGAGGGCCUCGGCACCAGCGGUGGUGACCGGCCGCGUGCGGUGUACCCGACACCGGCGUUGAUGACCGGCCGCGCGACGAAGCGCGGGGUGACGGGGAGGAAUGGUCGACUGUGGAGUUGUCGUCGGACGGGCCGGCGACUAGUCGUGUCAGUGUGUGUUGUGGGUGUGAACGCGUGUACACAAUGAAACAGGCGUUAGAGCUUUAUUGUAUAAAGAGCAUUUAAAAAAGAAACACAAAAA